UCGAUUCAACACUUUGGCACUCUGCUGUCCUUCAUCGACACAUAAGCACACAUACCUCUUACCCAAGCGCAGCACCGCAGGCUUGAAAGUAUACAAAGCUGAUCUCGAAGAACCACUCAAUCAGAACUGCUUUGGACAGUUUUGUCGGUCCCUGAUUCCACUUUGAUCGAACAUCACAUUCCUUCUUUUGAUCGUUUUCACCUUCGACCUACCAAGAACAUUACACGGUCGUUCACCUCAUUUGCGACUCGUUUUAUCGUUUUUGAUUCCUCCUUUUUAGUUUCUCAACUACCCUCACUCAUUCGCUUUCCAUAUUCUGGAGCUCUAUCGUUCAGACACUGGUAUCUUUGAUUUUUCAUCACUUUUCAAGCAUCAAUGACUUUUGCCACUCGCUCAGCGGUGGUCUUCUUGGCCGGCUUGCUCGGUUCAUUUUCCGCCAAUGCACAGCAAAUUCCAGGUGUUACACGGAGUUUCUAUGGGAUGGCUUACUCUCCUGAAGGUGCCUUAUUGCCCAACUGUGGGGCUACUCAGGCCGCUGUAACCCGAGACAUGGCCAAUGUCGCUCAAUUCACCCCUCGUAUUCGUCUCUAUGGGUCGGAUUGCAAUCAGACUGCUUUAGUCCUUCAGGGUAUCAAGGAUGCCGGCAACGUUGACCUCAGUGUCUGGCUUGGAAUCUUCAUUGACGGAAACGACACUGUUUACCAACGUCAAAUGGACGCUGUCACCGAUGCCAUCAAGAACUAUGGUGUCGACCACAUUGCCGGUAUCACCGUUGGAAACGAGUACUUGCUUCUUUCCUAUGGGGACAGUGGGUCAGCCACUGACCCUAAAGGGGUUGCCGCUCGAACAACAUUGCUGAACUACAUCAAAAAAACCAACCAAACUCUCCAAGCCAUGAAACUCCCCAAAUCAAUUCCACUCGGAACUGCUGAUGCCGGAAGCGCUGUGACCAAAGAGCUUUGCGCUGGUGCCGACUAUGUCAUGGCCAACGUACAUCCUUGGUUUGGAAAAGUUCCGAUUGCCGAUGCUGCUACAUGGACCUGGCAAUUUUAUCAGGACUUUGAUGUCAAGAUCUGUGCUCAAGCACCCAACAAUCCCAUCAUGUACAUUGCCGAGACUGGUUGGCCCACAACGACCGACAAUGCAUCGAUGUCAGCCGCCUGGCCCAGUGGACCCUCUAAUGCCAACUUGCAAACCUUUUUAGACACUUUCAUCUGUCCCGCCAACGCUAACGGAACCAACUACUUUUUCUUCGAGUACAAAGAUGAAAUCUGGAAAAAGGUGUAUGGAGGUGUCGAACCAUACUGGGGAUUGUUCGAUACAAACUUGAAGUUGAAAGACUUGAAAUUCCCAAGCUGCCCUGUUCAAUCUCCAACCAAUCGCGCGGUCGUGGUUUCUUCGAGCGCUGCUACCAACACUGGUAGUGGCAUCACACCGAUCCAAGGUAGCGCGAAGAAGUCUAGUGCUCCUCGUCGUGAGAUGCAGCCAUUGAUCAUGAGCUCUCUGCUUAUCAUCAUUGGGCUCCUCGUGCUAUUGUAAACUUAUCUGCAUGUCUGCUACCUACAUUUGUCAGUGUCGGAUGGGUUACAUGCGUUCACACUAUGAGCUUUUGUCCUUGUCAUAGUCGGAUAUUCAAUAUUAUCCACCUUGUUCCUCUACAUGGGCCAUGUGCACAUUCCGAAAUAUCAGCAUAUCUUUCGAAUAUCUUACCUUCAAAUCAGAUUAACUUUAACUUCUCUCAUAUAGCAUCUAUACUCGGAAUCUCUACGUAUUGAGUUUGUAAAUUCCAAUAUCGUAACUCUUUAUUUGCGAACGUUUCUUUUCACCUUUUUACUGCAACACUUUCAUGUUAGUUUCUCGGAUCUAUCCUUUAGUUGAUUAAAUGAAUUCAUAUUCUGGCCCAAGUGAGUGUGACAUUCUAUGAAGUGACCAAGUUUCUUGUCGAGUAGCUGU